AUGACUAGGCUGGUAGAGCUUCAGAUCACACGAUGCACUCCGAAACGCUGUGAAAACCACAUCUCAAGUCACUGGAGGCAAUGUUUCAGUUACUUUAAUGACCUAUUGCUGUUACAGGAUUUGGAGGAAAAGUUUGUAGCGUUUAAGGCACACAACGAGAGUAAAAACAUCUUCAAAGCAGCUCGGACGCCGGCAGUGUUCUUCGUGAUUGCCGUAGUGUGUUACAUCCUGUCUGGGGUAUUCAGCCUGUUUGGACUCUACCCGCUGGCCAGCACCUGCAACAUGGUUAUGGGCCUAGCUCUCAUCACGCUCAUACUAUGGUCCUAUAUCAGGUAUAGUGGAGAGAUGAGAGAAGUAGGCGAGCAGCUUGAUGAGAUCGCCAACAUUCUGUGGGACAAUAUCAUGAAGCCCCUAUAUCAAUUGUUUGUGGAGAAGAGUCUAGAGCAUGCGGCCAGUCAGGCAGCCAACUUGGCCACACAAAACGGCAAGAUGAAGAUCUCAUGAUAACCCAUCACAUUCCCCCUGCCCCCCCUCAGAUGUACAGCCCACCCUCAGUGCCUACUGAAGCGUUUAUAUUGAUGAUUUUUGUAAACUCAAAAUGAAAUUUGCUGUCUUAGACAUAGAGGUUGUUAUAGCUAAUAUUGUAUUUUGUCUUGUCAUUCUUUUUAUGAAAUCUGUUAUUUGUAAAUAUUCCUUGUUGACCAUUUUCUGUCUUGGUUAUUUAUACUAUAUUUCACUUGUCAGUUUUGACAAGCUUGAAAUAUAUCGGACAGUAUAAGCUGUAUAACUAUUGGCAUUGUUUUUAACAUUUUUGUUUCUGGCAAAAAGAUUAAAUUAUUUUGCAGAAAACUAAUUUUAACUAAGUAGUAGUAAUAAUUAUAACCAAGUAUUUCUCAAUCAGGUUUUUUAUGUUUUGUCUAUUGACAAUUUGUUUUAUUCUUGCCCAAUUUCCAAUGGAUUCUAUUUUAAGUUUUUUAAAUUGUUUUAGACCAAUUUGCUCUGCCUUUAAAAUUUUGCCUUCUUUAUUUUUAUCUUUCAGUAUUUGAGCAAUUAUUCUAUUACAAUAACUAACUCAAUAUUUGUAGACGGUGAAUGCAAAUACUGUAAUUUAACUUAUAACUUUCCUUAAUCCUAUUAUGUCUUCCACAACAUGCCAUUCAAAUAUUUUACAAAAUAUACAGAUUAAAUUUUUAACUUUGUUGUAAUAAUAAUUUUAUAGUUCAAAUUAAUGUAAUAAAUUAGAUUAAUCUGAUCUGUUAUUAGUUGUUUUCUAAGUAUUUUACAGUAGUAAAAUUAUUAAUUCUUUCAGGGUAUAUUUAAAGAGAGGCUAUAGUUUUAUCUGUUGUACCUUCUAUUAAUAUUCUUUAUUAUUAAAUGAAAUGGAAAAUGUCGUUUUUAUUGUUUGUGGAAUAUUUGUUGUUAUUGUUUGCAUAUAUUAUAGAGUGUAUAUAGUUGAAUAAUUACUGACAUUUCUUUCCAAAAAUGCAACAUACAAAAUAAGUAAGUAAUUUAUUACUGUAUCAAAAUAUGCUAUGUUGUACCCUCUUCAAAAUACUAUUUAUACUAUAAAAUAAGAAAGAAACUAAUAAACCCUGUUACAUAGUAACCUUUGUGUACUGACUUUGAAAUUGAUUAUCAGCUCUUUCCAAUACCUUGUAACAACAAAUAAAAGUAUGUGCAUCUUCAUAACCACUUAUCAAAUAACUCAUUUAUACUUUUGUAUAACUAUCAGUACCAGGUUACAGUGUUUUAAGUGACCAGCCUAUAGUCCUCACAUUUUAUCACUUGGCACUUAUAGGGUCGACAUUGUUUCCUAUUGUCAGGUGUUGGUAUAUCAAUCUCUAGGUGUCAAGUGAUAAUGUGUCUCCUCUUGAAACCCUGGUCUAUAAUCUUCACGCAUUGUCUCCUGACACUUAAUUGUCUCAGUAGUUAACAUUCUUGUUGAUAAUUAUUUACAUUGAAUAAGUCAUACAUUUUUAGAUACUAAAAGCUUAAUUCUAUAAAAUUGUAUUUAUUUCUAAAUUUAUCAAAACCCAUAGAAUUUUUAAAAUCCCUAUAUAUCAACUGAGAAACACCAAAGGAUAUUUGCUUGAUUCCACUACUUUAUUGAAUACAUUUUUUUGUAAUAGACUAUCCAACUCAGUAAAUGUACUUGAGACUGUUGAGUUCGUCAAAAAACGUGACCAAAUAAUAUUUAAAAUGUUGACCAAUUUGAGAUUUUAGGAAGUCAAAAACUAAACCAUGAUUUUUGGAUUAAAAAUUUAAAAUUCGGUCAUAGAUGUUGUAUCUGAUAAUUAAAAAUGUGUUUACAAAUUUGUAUUACAGUGUGAUUACCUACUUACAAAAUGAAUAAUUUGAGUUGUUUGAUAAGUAUUAUCUUUGCUGUUAGUGUGUGAGAGCGAAGCUUGUUUCUUAUUUCCAUAUCCAGUGCCAUUCAGAAUGUUCAGUAUAAGUGUAGAGUAGACCACACAAUAUUGCCUAGGUGCCUUAUGGAUAUUUGUUUGUACUUUUACAUUAAUAAACAGCCUGUGCAAUGAGUUUUUGUAUGUACAUUGGAGUGGUGUAGAAACUUGUCCCUAAAAGUAAAUGAUUCUUUACUUUUAAAUAUAGUAAAGACCAUUCUCCUUUUUAGCGUAAUUUACUAAAAUGCAUACAUGCAUUUGGCAUUUGAAAUGGUUUUAUCAAGUAAAACGGGGAGAUAAGUCACUACAGUACAGUAGGCUAUCACUAACCAAUGCUCAUACUCUAACAUCUAGCAGCCCUGUUUAGAUCAAAGGCACCUAAUUAUUCACUAAAAGGAUUAAACUUAGUUGUAUUGUAUUGUAAUAAUAUAUCGUAAUCUUUCUCAUUUGGUUUAUUUUUGGGCAUUACUUAGUGUCAUUUAAUAGUUGGGAUAAACUUUGAAAUGCUUGACAUGUUUGGAUCAUUUUAUUUACAAGCAAAUACUGUACAGGCUGUGAACACCUAAAAUCUAAAUAUAUUGAAUCACAAAAGCCAAUGUGUGAAAGCAUUAAAAUUUCUAAAACGUUCUGUAAAGUAAUUUUGAAUUAUAUUGUUAGUUAAUUAGAAAAUAGUAGAAAUGACUGUUUAAAAAUUACUAUUAAAUUUAUUUAUUUUUUACACAUUUGUGUUUUUAUGACUUGUCUAUUGUUUGUUGUGUCUUGUCUGUUAUUAAUUUUGCAGUGUUUUACAGAAAUAAAUAUUGAUAUAUGUUUUUUCUGUUUGUACAAUAAAAUUUCAUAUCUGCGUUUUUGCUCAGUCUUUAACGAAGUGGUUGUUACUGUAAAUCAAAAUCAAUGAAAUUUACAUUGUGAUAAAAUUGUUGCCAAGUGUAAAACUAUUAAAUGGGUUUCGGUAAAUAAACCUAUUUUUGUAAACA